GAGGUUAUUUUGAGUUUUGUGGCUGCUGUAGCAAAAUCAACAAGCAAGAUACACCGAAAAUUGUUAUUGUGAAGUUAUUCAUUUGUUGAUAUAAGUGAGUGAAAAAGUGUUGGACUAAACUGUUUGAAUUUGCUUUUAGGGAAGUUUCUCUUGAGUAUAAUUCCAAUAUGGUUACAAUAAAUUCCCCAUCCAUUGAGCUGAGUUCCUACAGAGAUCAACAUUUCAAAGGUACCAGAGCUGAGCAGGAUAAACUAUUAAGGAUUUCAACCACACUUUAUGUUGGUAAUUUGUCUUUCUAUACCACAGAAGAACAAAUCUAUGAGUUAUUUUCAAAAUGUGGCGAUAUUAGGAGAGUGAUAAUGGGUCUGGAUAAAUAUAAAAAAACACCUUGUGGAUUUUGCUUUGUGGAAUUUUACACAAGGGAAGACGCUGAAAGUGCAUUGAGGUAUGUGAAUGGAACUAGGCUAGAUGACCGUAUUGUAAGAACUGAUUGGGAUGCUGGUUUUGUUGAAGGAAGACAGUAUGGUAGAGGAAAAACUGGAGGACAGGUCAGAGAUGAAUAUAGGACAGACUACGACGCUGGAAGAAGUGGCUAUGGAAAAAUUAUCCAACAAAAAAUGGGCGUCCCAAAAAUUUGAAGAUUUCAAUAUUUUUAUAUUUUACUCACUCUAAAGGGAGUGAUCAUGUGAAAAACAAAAAAACAAGAACAGUAUUGUGUAAUACUGUUGAAUAUAGAUUUGUAACAUAAAAAGGUUAAAAUAAUUUUCAUUUAUUUUUUGAGUCUGGCAGCAAGAAAACUUGAAAAUUUAUUUCAAAUGAAUUCUAAGAAGCUGAAAUCCUCCAUAGAAGAAGUCUUGUAUUUGUUUUUAGUUGUAAAUACAUUUUUAUAUGUCGAAUUGUAUUAAAGAUAAUAAAUAAUUAUUCGAGUA